AAGGUCUACAAGACACUCCAUGCACCUCUCUCUGUGUGCUGUUGGCCUUAGUUUGUCCAUGCUUUUUGUGCUGUGCUAUGCUGUGCUGUGCUUCGCUGGCACGAAUGCUCAAUUUAGAGCCCAGUCACUCUCAUCACUCACUAGUUUUCCAUGGAUGUUCCCCUCCUUCCCUCCCCACCCAGAAAAUAAGUGCCCCCCCAAGUCCCGGGUCACUCUCCCCUCCGGAUUUCUCCCCUCCCUCCCGUCCGCCCCUCUAAGUCUUCUACGUCUGCUCCCCUCGCUUUUAUUCCCUUCUUCUUCCAAUUCCCCUCCAUCACCAGCUCGACUCACCAGCAACCAUCUCGCAACACUUCGCCCGUCUCAUCACGACCGGUUCAUAUUUUCCAAGAGGCCAUCCAGAGCCUUCAUUCCUCAACCAAUACCAAUAAACUCAGCUUUUCCAUGACCAUCGAUCAAUCAUAUCCAAUGACCAUCAUUACGUUCAAGAUCACCGCUUUCACCCUUUAAACCCCACGGGAGCGCGCGCGCAAGCGAAGAGCUAGCAGUCGAGAGCGAGAGCGAGAGUCACAACAUUCUACGGAUCAGACGAUAUUCAACCAUCGUGCUGUCGGGCCCAGCCUAAUUGUCCGAUUUCCGAUCGCAAACUUGCCGUCGUCCUCAGUCGCCUCCCAAAUUUAGGAAUCGCGACUUGACCACGUCGAGAUGCCCGGUGCAAACGUAGCAGUCCUCCCGCCCCCUGCGGCCUCGACAGCGUCUUCGCGAAAGGCCUCGCUGGCACCCGAACGUAAAUACAAGUGCCAGUUCUGCAACAGGGCCUUUAGCAGGAGCGAACACCGAAGUCGCCAUGAACGAUCACAUACCAAAGAGCGUCCUUUCAAGUGCAUGAAGUGUAGGAGUACUUUUGUUCGUCGUGACCUUCUUCUUAGACAUGACCGUACCGUCCACGCCAAGGAUGGCGGCGUACCUCUUCACAGCGAUGGCAAGCGCCGGGCCGGUCCCAAGACUCGUGCUGUCGGUGCCCCUUCAAAAUCUGCCAUCGCUAUUGAUACUUCGACUCUGGAACAAAUGGAAUCUGGUGCUGAUGGCAUUUUCGACGUUGAGACGGCUGCCAUGCUUGUAGCCGAUUUGCAUCACAAGGCCACCGCUGCUAUGCGUGAAGACCACUCAUACGAGGACAGUCCAUCGAUGGCUUAUUCACCCCACAAUGCUUCUGCUAUGGAGUCUACUGUAACCUACCCUUCCGGCGCUAUCGCAUUACCUCAGGUUCAGUGGGAUGGUUUUAUGUCUCAAACAGUCGCCGAGCCCAAAGCCCAUUCGAUAACGUCCAGUGCAUCCGGGUCAUUCGAAUCUCAACCUUCUUUCGCCAGCGGCACUGCCCUGCAAGCCAACUCGAAUCAGCUCCCCCCUAUCAGUGGACAGAACUGUAAUGGCCUGGUACCGGCUCUACAGUCUAUGAUCAACUCGUUGCCCAACUCUACGGCUGCGCCGCCAUCUCCAUGGUCGUCAGAGUCAUCCAAGCCUGGAUACAAGGCCCCUGAAGUGAUGGGGGAUGAUGAGCGCAACGCUAUCCUUGACAACAUUCGCAGUGCCGACAGCGAGCACGCCAUCCCUGAGGGUUUCCGCCUGCCAGGCCUGGGUUCCUUGAAUCGGUACCUUUCAACAUAUUUCGGUCUAUUCCAUCACCAUUUGCCUUUCUUGCACCCUGCCUCAUUCCGUCCCACCAAGGUCUCACCCCAGCUUUUGUUGGCGGUUCUCAGCAUUGGCGCUCUCUAUGCUUUCGACCAAGAACAGGCAUACAUGCUCCACAUUGGCUCCAAGGUUUUAGUUAAUCAGUUUCUACAAAGUAAGGAGAAUUUUAGCUCCCGAAAGUGUCCCCUGUGGACCAUGCAGAGCAACCUCCUCAACAUGAUUUUUGCUAGCUGGAGCGGUGACCCCAAGGGUCUGGAGUGGACCUGCUCAAUCAAGAGUCUGCUCGCCAACAUGGUCGCGGGUAACAGGUACGAGCUGAAGCUACGCCAAGAAGCUCGGUCAGGUGCAAAGCCCACUCGUGCCGAGUGGGUAGAAGAUGAGGGCUGCCGUCGUACAUAUUACGCUGUCUACAUAUUCUUUGGCCUUUUGACACUUACCUACAACCACACACCGGCCAUCAGUUUCAGCGAGUUUGAAGAUUUACAGCUUCCUUCCACCGAAACGCUAUGGAACUUGCAGGUACCAGACGAGGCGGCAUGGCAAGAGCACUUGGCUGCUUCCACUACCGUGACCUUUAUGGAGGCUCAUGACAACCUUUUCCAGGGCGAGACGCUUCGAUACAGCACAUUCGGCACCCGCGUCAUGAUCAACGCUUUGUUUCUUGAGGUCUGGUAUCACAAGCGCAGUCCUGAGGCACUGCAAGAUGUGGUAACAGAGUACAAGUUGCGGCUGGCGCUAGAAACAUGGGAGAAAUCCGUCGACAUGUGUGAGGCCGAGGCUUUUCCUGUGCCGAUCAGUGCUCCCCACAAAGGCCAUCCUUUAAUCUUCAACGCGAAAGCCAUGUACCGUAAUGCUCGUGCCCGCCUGGAAGUUGACCUGAAGGCGGUCCAGGAAGCGCUUCGCUACCAUGAAUCCUAUGAGGUUGCUGCUGCGAUGACGCAUGCCCGGGAUCGCGUGAAGCGCUCGAGUGAAAUGAUCAAGGUUAUUGAGGAAUGCUACAACUGCCUGGAGACUGUUGUCUCGCAAGGAGUCAGAUGGAUUGCCCGUGUAUCGCCUACCAACUGGAGCGUGGAGCAUGCGCUCUGCGGGAUGGAUCUCAUGAUCAUUCUAUCGCUGUGGUUGUAUCGUCUGGAACAUGACGAGGAACCUGCGACUCAGGAAGAGAUGGCCAUGUACAACAAGAUCCGACAGCUUCUUGUGAAGGAGAUUGAUGAGAACUACAUGUCUCAGCUGAGCGCGGUUGUCGCACGACUCUGGGGCUCGAUACUCGAUGAAGUUGUUGUUUGGGGCAUGACUCGACUUAUGGGCGACGCCUUCAAAUUGCAUUCACAGGCUCUUGUCGGCUAUGUCGAUGAUCCCGAAGCAUCCUCAAAUGUCUCGACUCCCUCGAUGAUCUCGCAGGGAGCAGAUGAGGAUAGCGUGUACUAAAACUAAUUGGCCAUGACUGAAAUGACUUUUUCCUUUGUUUGCCCUCGGGCCGGUUCGGGCUUUCCUUUUCUCCUAGGCAUAUACCUCUCUGCUUGAUUAUGUUUGGUUUUGGUUGUGGGUUAAUUCGUUCCUCUCUGACUUGAUCGGCGCGAAGGGCUCGGGAGGGAGUUGGACUUGUCCCGUCUCCUAUGAAUUUGUUUUUUGCAGUCUCCUUAUGGUUAUUAUUUCACUAUCUCCUUGGCGAUACCCGAGACAGGGCGGGUCAUCGCAAUGUCCAGUCUACUGCAGUUUUACAUGGCAAAUCUGUUGUUGUUAUUGUUGGGCACGUCAUGCUUUGUCGUUUUUGUUUACAGGUCUCUCUCUCUCCCCUUGUUGCAUGGUUACAAAGGGUCAAACGGCAUUAGUUGGGGUCAAGGAAGGGGAUCAGGAAACGGUUUUCGCAUUGGGCUUGUGCCCCGGACAGAGGGAACUGGAUCAUUUGCGUAGUGACAGCGCAGGCUAAUGACUGCGAUGGCAGGACAGUUGGCAGGUCCAAGAUGGCUGAUGUCGCCUUCUACUUCCCCUGUUCUACAUGCUAUGGCACCUUUAUUGUUUUCGUCUUAUAAUAUUUUUGUGUGUUUCUUUCGGGCUGCCGGUUUGCAGGCAGUUUUCAGCGCUCGGCUCCGUCUUGGUCUGCUUCUUCUCAUGGUAUGGCAUUGCUCUGCUUCGCCUCUUGUUCGAUUCUUCUCCUAUUUAUUUUUCACUUAUUUUUGUCGAAUUGUUCAAUUUGGCUUUGAUACCUUGUUCGAUAUACAGAUUGUUUCUUUUGCGGCCACAUGACGGCAAUAGCAUGAUCUGGCAUGUCCUUGGAACCCCUUUUUGGGCCCAUGACGCAGCGUCGCAUACCGUCAAGAGGAGGCUGGCCCAUACUCGUGUAUAGAUGAAUAGUGUUUGCUUUGAAUAAUCAGCACCUGUCAAAACAUCAUUUCUUGUC